UCACUACAGAGUUGGUAGACGGACCGUUUUCCAGGAAGCGCUUCUGUCAGUGGCUCUCUCUCUAACUGUGUGUCCUUGUCAAUGAACAAUAUAGAGACUGAUAUUAAAAACAAUGAUAUGAUACCUGAGAAGCGGGUUUAUAUCAAACAUUAAUUCUGUUAUUACAUAUUUUACGGCAUAAUGUUACGUGUCGGGACCGGAGUUGCCUGCAUGGCCUGCAGGAACCUGGUUACCAAUAGCUCCAGUGUCAAAAUCAGAAUCCCCCUUCAGAAACUUCACCCCCUGUCUCGGGCAAUCCACCACCGCAACUCCCCCAACACUAACCCUCACAGGCCCUCCUUGCAGUCUGCAGCCCGACAGUUCACCUCUCUCUCCAGACUCCCCCUCCACCCAGCCAGGCCCCUGCCAGGGAAGUACGGCCACCAGCCACACAGGACCUUCUGGGUAGCCCGACUGGCUACGCGGCUACUGAAGCUUCGCUACCUGCUUCUGGGAUCGGCUGUGGGUGGCGGCUACACCGCCAAAAAGACUUAUGAAGAAUGGAAGGAUAUGCUGCCUGAUCUUAGUGAAUAUAAAUGGGUAGUGCCUGAUUUCAUAUGGGAGCUUGAUGAACACAUUGAUCUGGAGAAAAUAGCCAACGCGCUGCCUGAUGCAGAGACCCUGGCCAAGCUGCUGCCAGACUUUGAGAAGAUCGGAGAGAACUUCAGUUUUCUGAAAAGCCUGAUGUCAAAGGGUGUGAGUUUGGUUAGCGAAGUCAAAGGAGCUGGUCUGCAUCUGUUGUUAGAAUCAUCAGGGGAGGCCACAUUCAAAGCCACAGAAAACGCCAGCUUUGAAGGCUCUGAGAAACAGUAUAAGAAGGGUCUGCUGGGGGAACUCAUUAUAAUACAGGAGCAAAUCCGGGCGCAUGAAGAGGCGGCGCGCACGGCCGCAGGGCAGUAUAGCACAGGCUCCUCGCAACAGAAGCGCAAGGCUUCAGACAAAGAAAAAGCAGACCAGCUGCAGGAGGAGCUUCUUCGAACACAGCUGAAGUACCAGAGAAUCCUGGAGCGCUUGGAAAAGGAGAACAAGGAGCUGAGGAAAGUGGUGCUGCAGAAGGAUGAUAAAGGCAUUCACCAGAGGAAAGUCAAUAAGUCCCUGAUUGACUUGUACUCUGAAGUUUUGGAUAUCCUCUCAGACUAUGAUUCCAACUAUAAUACACAGGAUCAUCUGCCGAGGGUUGUUGUAGUUGGGGAUCAGAGUGCUGGGAAGACCAGUGUGCUGGAGAUGAUCGCUCAGGCCAGGAUAUUCCCGCGGGGUUCAGGAGAAAUGAUGACCAGAUCUCCUGUCAAGGUGACCCUGAGUGAAGGCCCCCACCAUGUGGCCAUGUUUAAAGACAGUUCCCGGGAGUUUGACCUCACUAAAGAAGAUGAUCUGGCAGCCCUUCGUCAUGAAAUAGAGAUUCGAAUGAGGAAGAGUGUGAAAGAAGGACAGACUGUCAGCCCUGAGACCAUCUCCCUGAGCGUGAAGGGCCCUGGCAUACAGAGAAUGGUACUGGUAGACCUUCCUGGUGUUAUCAGCACUGUGACGUCAGGCAUGGCUCUGGACACAAAGGAAACCAUUUUUAGUAUCAGCAAGGCUUAUAUGCAGAAUCCCAACGCCAUUAUCCUGUGCAUUCAAGAUGGCUCCGUGGAUGCGGAGCGCAGCAUAGUAACAGACCUCGUGAGUCAAAUGGACCCCCAGGGGAAAAGAACAAUAUUUGUUCUGACUAAAGUAGACUUGGCUGAGAAAAACAUGGCCAGUCCCAGUAGGAUUCAGCAAAUUGUUGAGGGAAGGUUAUUUCCAAUGAAAGCUUUGGGGUACUUUGCUGUUGUGACCGGAAAAGGUAGUAGCAGCGAAAGUAUUGACGCUAUUAAAGAUUACGAAGAGGACUUUUUCCAGAAUUCCAGAUUAUUAAAGACAGGAAUGCUGAAGGCACAUCAGGUGACCACUAAGAACCUGAGCCUGGCUGUAUCAGACUGCUUUUGGAAAAUGGUCCGCGAGUCAGUGGAGCAGCAGGCAGACUCAUUUAAAGCCUCGCGCUUCAACCUCGAGACAGAGUGGAAGAAUAAUUACCCUCGACUGAGAGAGCUCGAUAGGAAUGAGCUCUUUGAAAAGGCCAAGAAUGAAAUCUUGGAUGAAGUGAUCAGCUUGAGUCAAGUUACACCAAAACACUGGGAGGAUAUUCUCCAGAAGAAGCUGUGGGAGAGAGUUUCCACGCAUGUCAUAGAAAACAUCUAUCUCCCUGCAGCUCAGACCAUGAAUUCAGGCACCUUCAACACCACAGUGGAUAUCAGACUGAAGCAGUGGACUGACAAGCAGCUGCCACACAAAGCGCUGGAGGUAGCCUGGGAGACGCUGCAGGAAGAGUUUGGCCGCUUCAUGUCAGAGUACAAAGGCAAAGACCAGGAUGACAUCUUCGACAAACUGAAAGAGGCCGUCAAAGAUGAGAGUAUAAAACGACACAAGUGGAACGAGAGGGCAGAGGACAGCUUGAGAGUUAUCCAGCACAAUGCUUUAGAAGACCGCUCCAUAUCAGAUAAACCCCAGUGGGAUGCAGCGAUUCAGUUCAUGGAGGAGACUCUGCAGACUCGACUUAACGACACUGAAUCUGUUAUCAGCGACAUGGUUGGUCCAGACUGGAAACAGAGGUGGAUGUACUGGAUGAAACGCUCCCCAGAACAGCACAUUCGUAACGAAACUAGAAACGAACUGGAGAGGCUAUUGAAGGUGAAUGAGGACCACACAGCUUAUCUGGCCAACGAUGAGGUCACAACAGUGAGAAAAAAUCUCGAAGCCCGAGGGGUGGAAGUAGACCCUGCUUUGAUUAAGGAUACCUGGCACCAGCUUUACCGGCGGCAGUUCCUGAGGACAGCACUGUCUCACUGCAACCUCUGCAGGAGGGGCUUCUACUACUACCAGCGGCACUUUGUAGACUCCGAGCUGGAGUGUAAUGACGUGGUCCUGUUCUGGCGGAUCCAGCGAAUGCUUGGAAUUACAGCAAACACACUCAGGCAGCAGCUCACAAACACUGAAGUCCGUCGUCUUGAGAAGAACGUAAAAGAGGUGCUGGAGGACUUUGGAGAAGACAACGAUAAGAAAGGCCAUCUGAUAACUGGGAGGAGAGUGCAGCUAGCAGAGGAUCUCAAAAAGGUUCGUGAAAUUCAGGAGAAACUUGAAGCAUUUAUUGAAGCCCUUCACCAGGAGAAGUAAAGUUGGUCUAACAGAUCCAAUGGAUCCAGCCUGAACCCUACUCUGAUUAUGCACUGAUCAAAGAAGACAAAGCAUCGCUCGUUUUCCUGUUUUUGUAAAUUAUAUUGCCUCCCUUUUUCUGUUUCUUUUCACUGCAUAUGCUUUUAAUUUCAUAGCCAAAUAAUCUUGGCAUACAGAGUAACCCUUUUUAAAAAAACGUAGAAACGUCCAGAAAUUCACAGUAGGGUGAAACCAGUUGAGUACCUAAGAUGUCGUUUAGCGUUCAGUGUUCCCCUUUCCCAAAGGAGAGCCUCCACAAGAGCACAAAACUGCUCAUCAUUAAUCCAUAGUACUGUGUGCGUUUACAGGAGGGGUUGUUGCAGGAUGCAGGAUGUCCUCGUUCACAUGCACACACUCUGUGAUAAGCACCGCUCUGUUUCGAGACCGCCUCUUCCUGGGCAGGUUUCUCACCUUAGAUCUGCUGUUUGUUUAGUUCCAAUAGCAAGAUCAGGAUCUUUACAGUGUGUGAUGUGUGUUAACCUAGGUCAGUAUAUUUGUACAGUGUUAUAUAUGUUCUUUUUACACUGCAGAUGUAACUAGGUGAUUACCCUCCAACUGGCUGCUAUAAGCUAGUUCCUAUAGAGCACUUUGAGAAGCAGCAGAGCAAUCCAGUGGCCAAGAUGCUUAUUUAAUUUGUAUCUGUGUGUAUGCUCUCUGUGUAUAUAUUAUUAGGGAUAAAAGUGUGAAUGUAAAGCAGUCACUUCAAACACAUCUGGAGGAUCUCACUGAUUUAAACUCACUGUUUCUCUACUAAACAAUUAAAGGGGAUUAAUUUCAGUUGUUCAAGCUGUACGUGAUCUUGAUGUGUACAGCAGAAUUCCUACGUUCCACGUUCUUACACACUGAGUUUGCACUUCAGGGUUGGUUGGGGUUUCUGUUUUUUGGGUUAAGCCUGUUAAAUGGAGGUGCCUCACUUCAGCUGUGGAGCAGAUGAAAUAGUCACAUGUGCUGCAAGUCUGCAUCGUCACUUGCUCAAUGCACUUAGAGCACUGUUAUUGGUGCUGUCUGGGGUUUGCGUUGUUGCUUGUGUUUGUUCUCCUGUUGUUUUCUCUCAGUGUAUUCUGCACUGUUGGAGAGAGAAGGAGAGGGAGGUCCUGGCGAGUUGGUACAGGUGAGAGGGUAACCAAAUUGAAUCUCCCCUUGUAGUAACAAGCCUAAAUGCAGCAUUGGAUUCUCUUACAAACCUGUUCUUACAGCCCAGGAACAUGGGUAGUCUGUUAAAAAAACACUGCAGACAGGAAGCAUUUAAUUUUUUUGGGGGGGGUGGGGGGGGCUAAAUCUCUUGCACACACAGUGUUUAAGGUGAGCCUAGCCAUAGAACAUGUGACUGCAGAUUGUGAAUGGUCUUCUUUAUAUUGCUCAAGAACUACAAUGCAGCAGCAGCAAUGAAUCCACCCUGAAAGAGCACCUGGCCUCGAGCCACUUCAUACAGAUGUUCAAAGCACUAGACUAGACUUGUGUUGUCAUUAUCAUUAUUCUUCUAGGUGUUUGCAUCUAAAACACAGAUUUGCUAAAGUUGUUUGAAAUAUUCUACAAGUCCUUCUGAGUCCUCCCCUGCAUUGCGAAAUGAAGGUUGAUUUGAUUUGAAAAAAAGUCACACACUGCUAAAAACUUGAGAUGAGCUUCAAAUCGUUUUGUUAUGUUUUUUUGUUUUUUUUAUGUUCAAACUCAAUUGGCCAGACUUUGUCUUCAGCAUGAGGAUCAGAGGUAGCAGAAACCACUAGGAAAUUUAAAGUCUAAUCAUGGAAUAUGUAAUUUCUGUAAAUUUGAAAUAAAAGGAAUUCAUUGUC